UGCUGGCCUUUCCCCCCGCAUUGUGCUUGUAAGGAUGUGGAUAACUGUAGGAAGGGCGACAUAGUGCGAAGGAGAGAAGAAUGCCGGCUAGUUAGAACCCAAGUGGCAGAUACACCGCCUUUCUGAUGAACAUGGACGACCUAGCGUGUACUUUGGGGAAAGCGCAUCACGAGCGCUUUGGGAGAAGACAUUACGCCUGUCACCUGUAAUUCUUGCUUCGACGCACACGAACUCAAGGUCUGCACAUCCUGACUUCUGCAUCGCACCGUUAAUUUCAAGUGAAAGAAUGGAUGAGUAACAAAUGGCAGAACUUGAGGAAGUUUUUCUUUCUUCUAAAAAAAAAAAAAAAAAAAAAGGCAGAUGGUGUUUUGAACACAGUUGCCAUAGAACAUGAAAGCAUAAGAGUUCCGGCUGUUUGAGGGAGAAAAAAAAGAAGUUGAUUUUUUAAAUUGUGAAAAUUAGUUUGAGAGUCUCCCAGGAGCUUAAUGAAAAAAGCGUUGAGAAAUGGGAGUGAACUGCGAGAUAGGGUUUGUGUAACAAGCACCUCAAACCACAGAAGUCACAUGGGUUCUUUCUGCUUUGCUCCUUUCGAUGACUUGUCAGAGGCUGUACUUGCAGCUUCCCCCAUUCUGCAAGGCCACUCCACCAUGUACUAGCUGGGCUAAUCUUGAGUCACAAUGUCUUUACAAAGGCUCAUGCAACAGAACAGCAAUGCCAAUUUGGUGGACUUCUGCGCUGGUCCAGCGUACAGUUCUUACCCCACACUCACGGGCAGCCUUUCCAGGGAUGAUAAUCGAAGGAUUCAAACGCUGGCAGACACUGUGGCUACUCUGCCUCGGGGGCGAAAGCAGCUUGCUUUGACUAGAUCAAGUUCUUUAGGUGAUUUUUCCUGGUCUCAAAGAAAGCUUGUUACUGUGGAAAAGCAGGAUAAUGGAACAUUUGGAUUUGAAAUUCAGACAUACAGGUUCCAGAACCAGAAUGCUUGGUCCUCAGAAAUGUGCACUCUGAUCUGCAAAAUACAGGAUGACAGCCCUGCUCACUAUGCCGGUCUGCAAGCUGGUGAUGUUCUUAUGAAUAUCAAUGGUGUGAGCACUGAAGGCUUUACCCACAAACAAGUGGUUGACCUGAUCAGAUCGUCAGGAAACCUGCUAACGAUAGAGACUCUUAAUGGGACAAUGAUUCUCAAAAGAUCAGAGCUUGAAGCAAAGCUGCAGGAUUUAAAGCAAACCUUGAAGAAAAAAUGUGUGGAGUUCAGAUCUCUGCAAUUACAGGAACAGCGCCUGCUUCACGGUGACACAGCUACCUGCCUAAAUUCGGAAAACAUGGACUUGGAUGAAUUAUCUUUGUUUGGAAGCCUGCCUGGGCCAGGCCCUGCCCUCAUGGACCGGGACCGAUUGUCCAGUGAGAGCAGCUUUAAGAGCUGGCCAAGCUCCAUGACGGUGGACAGCGAGGACGGCUACCAGACUUGCAUGUCGGAGGACUCCAGUAGGGGCGCCUUCAGCCGGCAGACAAGCACGGACGACGAGUGCUUUGUCCCCAAGGAUGGCGACGAUCUUCUGAGGCGGUCUUCUUCAAGGAGGAACCGCAGUGUCAGUACCGCCAGCAGCGGAUCCAUGUCUCCCUUGUGGGAGGGCAACUUCUCAAGCAUGUUUGGGACCCUGCCCCGGAAGAAUAGAAGGGGAAGUGUCCGGAAGCAACUCUUGAAAUUCAUCCCUGGCCUUCAUCGGCCUGUGGAAGAGGAAGAGAGUCGCUUUUGAGGGGUUGUGGUGCCCUUUUUUAAUUUCACAGAUAUCUUUACAGUGCGGCAGAGCGACUCCAUCCAGCUUGGUGGGGAAAUUCAGAUAGACUGUGAAACUGACAUACCAUUUGACAGCAGAAGUGAGUUAUAAGUUUUUAUAUCAUUUUUUUUCCUUAAAUCAUUUUCCAACCAGAAAAGCUCAAGUUCUAAGCUGACAUGAGGGAAAUUAAAUAAUAAGUUAGAUAACAUAAUGAAUUAAUGCAAAUAGCUGCUUAUUCUAAUGCUACAGUGAAAGCAAGAGUCAUAUUUAUUUUAUAGAUUAUCUUUGUGAAAAAUUGAAAUUUUUUUGGAGUCAAAUGUGAAUAGGGAGUGAUAGAAUAUAAUUAUCUAGUCUAACUUCCAUAGGUUAAUUGGUCGGUUUUGUAACUUUGUCUGCUUAAGCUCGGUCACCUCUAGGAGGCUUAACCUUAGCCAACUUUGAAUGUUCCUGUUCAAAUCCCUGAAAGAUGAUUAAUAAAGAUGACCAUCAGUCUCUUCUCACGCCUGUAGUGACAAUACUUCAGAAAGUAUAAGAUUCAAUAGGAGGGAUUAAACUAACUCUAGAACCAUGGAAAGAUGUUGUCUGAGAUAGAUACUGAGGAAGAUUAUAUUUUUUUAAUAAGUGGUCUAAACAAAAUUGGUGGGAAUGCUAUUAUUCUUGCCAGAUUCAAUUUUUAUUUUGCUUAAGCAUUGAUAGCAAGUCUAUUUUUCUCAGAAUUUUAAAUUUUGUAAUUAUUACUCUUACUGUCUUCGCUACAAAUGUCUGAAGUCCAAAAAGUGAGAGGCUGAAAAAGACUCCUUUUGUAGAUUUUUUUUUUACAUUACUCCUCAAUUUAUAUUACAUAUUCCAGAUAAUUAUCACCUCAGCAUUCUUUUGCCUGUUAUGUUGGAAUCUCAUUACUUCUAGCCUUUCAAUUAUGCUUUAUUCGGUAUCCACCAAAGUCUGCUCAUUACCAGUAUUCUAGAGUAGACAAUCUGGGCUAUGUAAUAAUAGUCCUUACUGAUUUUAAGCUGCAUUGGCAUACAUAUGUGUGUGUGCAUAUUUGGGAGAUAUACAGAGGGACGACUUUGAGUGAAACUGAAACACUUAAUGUAAACUUCUGACUAAUCUAAGUAAUGACUCCUUUGAGAAACAAGAGGGUAGGGCAAAGAAGAAAGAAAUAAUAACAUAUAAACAAAGUUAUAGUUGGGAUCUGCUUUCAAUUAGUUUUAUAAGAUCAGGAACAUCCAUUGGGCUCGGUAUAGAGGCAUUCAGAUGAAGGGCCACAGGUAGAACCCUUCAGGAAUGAUACAAUCUUGUCUACCAUUUCCUGAAUGCCUUGUAGGCUGAAGGCACUUUGCAGAAGUCCCCACAACAACGCUAUAAAUGUGUAAGGCACAUAGAACAAGAAGGAAGAAGUUGAGAGACAGUCCCAUGGUCACAGGGCUAGACAGUGGCAAGGCUGAAAAACACCUGCUCUUUCUGACUUUAGCCUAUCCUCUUAGUCUCUGGAUUGGCUGGCUCUGUGUGGUUAUUACUCUAGUACUUUUUAUUCUCCUCAGACAAGAAUACUUAAAAUGCACAAUUGUAUAUACUAUAGAAGCAAGUAUACUGUCCUUGGUAAAAAGGAAAACAAGCAGACAUUAAAGGUGACUGACUCUCUUGGCUUUCACAAUCAAGUUUUGUGAUAUAAGGACAGGAAUACCUGUGUGGGUAGCCCAGCAUUUAUUUUCAAUAAGCGCUUGAAAACCUGUUAUGAUUCCAUUGGUUUUACUCAUUUUUCAUCAUUGUCUAGCAUUAUCAUAUCAAAGAUCUGCUUAAGUGAAUGCAGCAUUUCCUGUUAAUUCUAUUUUUAGAAGUUCAAAGAAUAGAAAUAUCCCAUUUAUUUGAGGAAAGAUAACCUUAAAGUCUUCUACAGUGUGAAAAAAAUAUUUCAAGAACUUUCACAGGUGAUCUGGGAAAGCAGACCACAGUUCAUUUGCUUUUCUUGUGGCUUUAACACAGACAUAUAAUACUUCCGUAUGACAGUAAACAGCAUACGGGAAGGGACAGAACAAGAAUCCCUUUAGACUAUAAUAAGAAUUAGAGUCAAGAGUUAGCUAUGUUGUGGGAAGAAAGAAAAGCACUUGUUAACUAAGUACAGGAAGGAAGGGUAUGUUAUGCUUUUUUAGUGUUUAUAAGCUGGAAAAAAAAAAAAAAACCCUAGCUUUUGUUUAGUGGAAAUGAAAGUCAAUUUCUCACAGCAGAGCUUUUCACACUGAGGCUGAUUUCAAUGGAGCUUAAAAAGAAUGAUCUGGAACAUAGUGGUUGAUAUUGAUGUAAUUUAUUAGGAAAGUAAUUGAAAAUAUUUUUUGUUUUGCUUUAUUUUCCCCCAAAGUUGUCAAAUAUAUAAUAUCACUGAUUACAGUAAUUGACAAUUUGUUAUUAAAAUGCAUUUUUCAAGAAUGGCAUUUGAUAAACCAAAUUUAAAUAAAGCAUGUUAAGGAUUACUUUAUCAUAUGGUUGAAAGAACCAAUCCAUGUCAAACAGACUGAAAAUAUAUUUUUUGAAAAAAACUUCUAUCCAUCACUUUCUAUUUUUGGAUACCUUUAUAUUUUAGGCACUUAAUACAAACUAUUAAAAUCCCAGUUUCAAUCGAAGAAAUCAAACUCUGGCAUAGUUUUUGUGUAUUGAUCAUAAAGUAUAAGUAUUUAUGAAUGUACAUAAACUAUAAAUAACACAUAAUUGUAUUAAGCACUUCAGAUCAUAAAAGUAUUGUUACUUUAUGGGUUAUAAAAUAAAAAUAUGAUACCUUUCUGAAAUAAA